AUGAAUCCUUGUGUUUUUAUAAUUUUCUCACUUCUCUUGCUCCUCCUUGUGACUGCAACUGCCAGCCAAUUGGAAGGAGAUGAUAGAAAUAUGAAAAAGUGUUUGGAUAAGGAGAGAGAUGCUCUCCUUCUUUUCAAAGCUCCCCUUCAUGACCCCAAUGAUACUCUCUCUACAUGGAGAGCUGACCAACACGACUGCUGUAAAUGGAAUGGAGUCACAUGCAACACCCAAACAGGUCAUGUCACAGGGCUUGAUAUCAGAAACCAUGAUCUUGGAGGUGAGAUUAGCCAUUCGUUGCUUAACUUAACCUACUUGAAUACUCUUGCUCUUUCCUUCAAUUCUUUUAAUGGAACCAUUCCCACCUUCAUUGGUUCUUUGAGUCAAUUAACUUACCUUGACCUUUCCGAGAACUCUCUUUAUGGAACAAUUCCUCCAGAGUUUGGAAACCUCACCAACUUGCAAGAGCUUCAUCUUGAUUCUGUUGGAAGGUGUAGAGUGGAAAAGGUAGGGUGGUUGUCUCAUCUCUCUCAGUUGGAGGUACUUGUAAUGGAUGGGGUUUCCCUGUCCAAAGCAAAUCAUUGGGUAGAUGUAAUUUCAAGUCUCCCAAAACUCUCAUGGUUAAGUUUACAGAGAUGUGAGCUGUCACAGGUCAUGUAUCCAUAUUCUUCAUUUCUCAACUCUUCUUCUUCAUCUAUUGUUAAGCUUUUUCUCAAUGACAACAAUCUCACCUCAUCCAUGUAUCGUUGGUUGUCCCCAUUAACCACUAAUAACCUCCUUUCUCUUGAUCUCUCUGGCAACAUGUUAGAUGGGAUACCCAAAUAUUUUGGUAACCUCUGUAGUUUGGAAUAUUUGUUAUUUAAUAAUAACUCUGCUGUUGUCAAAUUUCCUGAUUUUCUCAACAACUUGUCUGGAUGCACAUCGCUUUCAUUACAAUCCUUGUAUGCUCCAGAAAGCCAAUUUACAGGGUCAUUGUCGGAUGACAUCCAAAAGUUUUCAUCCCUAUCUUCUUUGGACCUUUCUCAUAAUCACUUAAAUGGAAGUAUAGGUGAGAAAUUGUGGGAACUACCCAUGCUUGAAAUUGUUAUUGUUUCCUUUAAUAAUCUUACAGUUCCUUCCACACAUCACUUGUCAAACAUCUCUUAUGUUAAAUAUCUUGAUCUGAGCUCUUGCAAGCUGCUAGGACCCCGCUUCCCCAAAUGGGUUCAGACAUUAAAAAAUCUUAACCGUCUUGAUCUUUCCAAUACUGGAAUUUCAGACACAAUUCCUCUGGAGUUUUGGGACAUGUGGUCUUCUCAAUUAGAAUAUCUGAAUCUCUCUUUCAACAACAUUAACGGGAAAGUACCAGAUUUAUUAUCAAAUUUUGCUGAAUAUUCAGUGAUAGAUUUGAGUUCCAACAACUUUACUGGCCAAAUACCGAAGCUAUCUUCCGCUUUGGCAACAUUGGAUCUUUCCAGAAACAAAUUCUCUGGAGGAAUCUCCUUUAUAUGUCAAAUUGUUGAUGGGUGGUUAGAAUAUCUUGACCUCUCUCAUAAUUCAUUAAUCGGACAACUCCCGGACUGUUUGUGGCAUUUCAAAUACCUAAGAGUUCUCAAUCUCGGACACAACAAUCUCUUUGGAAGUCUUCCUCCCUCUAUUGGAUCUUUGAUACAACUCCAGGUAUUGUAUUUAUACGAUAACAACUUCUCUGGAGAAUUGCCUCUGUCUUUAAAAAAUUGCACGAGUUUAAUCUCGUUGAAUUUGGGGGCCAACAAGUUUUCUUAUAAUGUGCCAGUCUGGAUUGGGGAAAACUUAUCAGGUUUGUAUGUUCUUAUCCUAAGAUCAAACAACUUCUUUGGAACCAUCCCUUUAAAGUUAUGUCAGUUAGCUAGUCUUCAGAUUUUAGACAUGUCGAUGAACAAUCUCCAUGGAACCAUCCCAUCAUGUUUGAGUAAUCUUACGAGCAUGGUUCACCAAGGAACAUUCUCACAAGAUGAAGAGAUUCAGAUAUCAUAUUUACCAGGGCCAUAUGUUGACCAUGCGAUGAUUGAGUGGCAAGGAGAUGAACGCGAAUUCUUUAGCACUCUGAAAUUGUUGAAGAGUAUUGACCUAGGACUAUGUGGACCUCCGCUUACCAAAAAAUGUCCUGGAGAUGAAGAAUCAGAAUCACCACCCAUAAUUGGUAAAAGUGAGGAUGAUGGGGAAGACACAGAUGAACUUUGGGGAUGGUUUUAUAUUGGUGGGGGCAUGGGUUUUGCUACUGGAUUUUGGAUGGCAUGUGGGGCUUUACUUCUCAACCGUCGUGGGAGACAUGCAUUUUUUCAGUUUUAUGAUUAUGUGAAGAUGGUUGUGUUCACUGCAAAUUUGCAAAAGGCUAGGCAGACAUAG